AUGUAUCACCCACGUCCCAGGCACAACCAGGAACCCGGAGCUCUGCUUGCCCAGCACUGCGGGAGCGCCGUACUCAGUACUCGCUGCAACAGGCGCCUGACAAGCCUGCCCCGAGGUCAUCGAUACGUUCGUUUCGUCCCCCAAAACCAGCUCAGAGAAGAUGACGGGGGACGCGUUCUGGCUGUCUUCACCCUCGUCGUUCAACGUUGGUUUGGACUCUCCACAACUAGCGGCAGCACAAGUCACCCUCGCCGCCCUUGCCCCCUGGUGGGAAUAAUGGCAAACGAUUGUACUGUGGUCUGCAGGCCUUUUGCCCAUCUUCUCCUCCUUGCCGGCGCGCGGGUCGAAACAAGAACAACCGGCGAUGACAGACGUUGCCUCUCUUGCCAAUCAUCCACCAGAUUCCCGAUUUCCGCCCCCUAUCAAUGCGCAAUCGAUGGGGGAGAGUGA